AUGGUGGCCACCGCCGGCCUGGGCCUGCUGUUCGUCUUCUUCAUGCUCUUCCUCAUCCAGCGCGGCCUGCUGCUGCCCGACAUCAUCAUCCUCGGAUGCUUCGUCCUCUUCGUCCUCUGGCUGACAGGGCUGAUCGGGACCGCCAUCGAGCUCUACGGGACCGAAGCAAACGUCAAUUCCAACUGCCAGAACUACGUCGUCAACAUGCCCUCCAAGGGGCCCAGCAUCAACACCCUCGCCUGGCUCACCCAGAUCACCAUCUGUAACUGCUGGAAAACAGCCUUCGCCUUCGAGCUGGUCAGCACCAUCUUUUACAUCUGGAUGCUCAUCAUCUCAUUCCAGGUCCGCGGAGGGUUCUUCCUGAAGUAG